GAACGAUACUUCCUCUAAUAGUACCGCUGUCUUUGGCUGUCCAUUAAAGGGGGAGCUAGAAAUACGCUCCAGCCUCCCCAUCCUACCAAGGCCCCUAUGCUUCCCAUGACUACCCUUGCGUACAUGUCUGGAUGGGUUCAGGUCACAGCCAUCCUCGUUCUAACCCUCUAUUCCGCGCUGAUAGCUGGUUCAUCCGCGCCCACUUGCUACCCUGGUAGCGAUACCCUUCAGUGGUACACCAAUGCUGUCGGAGAGACACCGUGCGCGACGUACCAGCGGCUGCGGCAGAUAUGCAAUAGCGAUUAUACGACUCCAACGUGGAGUAUCGACGCCUAUACAGAUCAAUGUGACGACCCACUAAGUACUUGUUGCUGCAACUCCAUCACAUGGUCUGUGCGAAUGUUAUGCAUCAACUGCCAAUGGGACGAGUUCGGUGUCAACGACCCUGGGCACUCCGCCGGUGCGGGUGCAUACUACAACUACCGAUGGAGUACAGGGACUCCGAACAGUGGCACGUACUGCGGGGACGGGUAUAAUCAGACAUUACCGGACAGCCUCCAGCGAGCAGUUUGCGACAGGGGCAUCAACCUUGCUAGCUUCUUUUAUAGCGUAUUUUGGCCUGAUGGAUCAUGGGACUUCCCGACUUUUGGAACCCUCGCAAAAGGGGUUUUGGCGUCGAAUAACAACCAGUCACUCGACCCCUGUACUAACAGUACGAGCACUUUCACCGUCACGACCACUGUUACUAUGCCGGGGACGAAAACUGCAAGCAUACCACCUCCGACGGGCGCAGUCGGGGGGAAGGUAGACACUAGUACUGUAGCGGCGGUCGGUGCCACCCUUGGCGGUGCAUUGGUGUUGCUUCUUGGCGCAAUCAUCAUCUAUAUUAAGAAGCGGCCUAGUACGGUUGAGCGUCCUCGUUCAAGCAUGGACGUGACAGAGAACAAGCAAGCGGACGAUCCUACUGGUAUUACUCCUUUCCUCGGCCAAUUUCCGCACGAGCCGCCGGAUGCGAGACUCUUCCGUGAGUGGCAUGCCGCACCAUCGGGUUGA